AUGGAGGACGAUGCGCGGCGCCCCCGCAACUUGGUGUUGUCGGUGUGUGACUUCAAGCUGCAGCAGCAGCAGCAGCAGCAGCAGCAGGGGCUUACUGACAGCGGCCGCGUCGGCAGCAAAUUAAUUGUCGGCAGAGGCACUCAGCUGCUGCUGCACGGGGGCGCCGACGAGUUUGGCUGCUACAGCGACUUGCAUGCAAUUGAGCUCGGCCCGGGCAGGGUUUCGGGCGGCGCAGGAGACUUCCGGGCGUAG